GUCUUUUUACAAAUACAGCAUCUCCCUCGCAGACGGGGGCUAGGUUAAAGUUUCGAUCUCAAAAGGGACGGGACGGAGAGUAGUCGAUGCAAGGAGAACACAAACUUACAGGCAAAGCCUCUCCGGCAUUACUUGGCUCGUUGUUCAUGAUGAUGAUUUGAUGUCUCUAACGUCCAGCUCCUAUUCAGCUGUGAACCUUAUUCACAGGUGAGCCAGUUCAGGCGGUGUUCUUCAGAGCUCAGGAUGCGCAAGGCCGCGCGGAGACCUGCUCAGCUGCUUUCACCUCCAAGAGGAGUCUAUUACUGGAAGCAAGGGAACGUCUGUGAUAGUGUUGCAUUUGUUGUUGAUACGCUCACAUCUCCCUGAUUAUGAGCGGUACCUUUCGCGUGGCGAUGCCUGCGCGGAACCCAUAAGCUCUAGGUUAUCUCGCUUGUGCUGUGGUCAUUUCCUCCGCAGGACUGCUGUUUCGAACAAUGGCAGCCAUCAUCAAGAACGAGACCCGGGAUGUAAGUCACGCCUUGCCUUUACAUGUGGCUCCGAUAUUUAUAUGUGUUGGUUGCAAAUACUUCUACUCCUCCAGCAAGAGCCGUGGAAGAGUAACAAUCUGGUCGCAAGAGCUACCACACAGUCCUUCAAGAAUGGGCGAAACAAAGGUCUAGACAAAUGAGGGGCAAUGUCGACAUUCCUGCAAAAGGCAUCUACAGAAACCAUGCCUUGGAUGGCAUUGCUGCAAUUUUGUUGACCUUUCAGGAAUGUGGGUCUUCGUGUUCUGGUAUUCGACGAUAUACAACCACGAGGACCCCAGGUCUGGACUUUCAUCACACCUCUGGCACUCUCUUCGCGUUGCACAACUGACCAAAGUCGCUCAUUACAUGUUUCAAAGUUACUCGUUGAUUUUGUUUGACCAAUAUGCGAUUCCCAUGGAUAUUCGGCCUAUUGGUGGGUGCAGCAGCACAAACGAGCGUCAGCUACAGUGUCACGGCGACAGUUAUGGCGACCGCGAUUGUCACCGUGACCACGUGUCCCUGUACAAUCCCGACAACAUCGUCAAUUCUGAUACCGGGCGGAACAAUCACGCCCUCUAGCUCCAUCAGCUCGAUUACAACCACAACGAGGACGACUGGCAACCCUUCCUCCCCCGCCACCAGUACAUCCGCAUCGAGCUCAUCAGGUUCGGGCAUGUCAAGCCCAUCUUCAAGUACAAGUUCGGCCACAUCGACUGCUUCGGGAACACCGAUCCCAACCUACGAUGCGUAUAUAAAUGCCAUUCUUAUCCAUCACAAUUACCACCGACAGAAUCACUCGGCCGUCCCAUUGACAUGGUCGGUUGCCUUGGCCGCAACUGCUCAGCAGAUCGCGGAGACUUGUGUCUAUGGCCACGUCACUAACCUCAAUGGGGGUGGUUACGGCCAAAACAUCGGUGCCGGCUAUCCUGGAACACCCCUGGGCAUGGGAGCUUUCAUAACCGAAGGAUUGUACAACGGUGAAGUCAACAAUUAUGUGUAUUAUGGCGAGGAGCCGGAUCUGAGCACGCUUGAUCAGUGGGGACAUUUCACACAGGUCGUGUGGAAGAAUACUGCUGCCGUGGGAUGCUAUACCGCCGAUUGUUCUGCGACUGGGUUGCAAGGUGUUGGUCCAAACGUUCAGCCAUAUUUUACAGUCUGCAACUAUGCACCACCAGGAAACUUUAUCGGGCAAUUCGCACCGAAUGUAGGUGUUCCGAUUGGUUUACCUAGUAUUGAUGCGACGUACGGGUUGAGCUAGGAGGGGUUUGCGCCAGGAGGGUUCUUGUUGAGGGGUGUAGAGAAGAGGUAGCAUGAUCUAGGAAGAUUUCGAGGUAUUUGUUC